AUGGACGUGGAAGGAGCGGAGGCUGCGGGUAGUACGGCCGCCAGCGAGAGCAGCGUGGUGAUAUGCCAGUUGGCCGACCCGGAAGGUGAGCGCCUAGGUCCCCAAAUCGCUCUUCCCCUCAACGUCGGUCCCCUUCAGCUUCAGGAGAUCGUCAAUGCUCGCCUUAACAAUGUAUGAAGCGAACCCUCGCUCUGUUUUUGCCCUUCUCAGGGGUGUCGUGGCUGUACCACGAGAUGCUUGCUUUCUUUUUUUUAAAUCAUUUGUCGAUGCUCGUGCAAUGUAUGUCCUCCGUUCCUAUCCAUUCAUCGAAUUUCGGCUUAUUUCAUUUGAAGGAGGAGAAGGUGCCUUACGCAUUUUACAUAUCGGACGAGGAGCUCGUGGAACAGCUCGGGAUUUAUUUGCAGAAGAAAAAAUGUAAGUUACUGAUCUCAAGGAACGUCUCUUCACGCCAUUUGAUUGAAUUUAUCACACGCGACUGUUUUCUUGGCAUAAUAGUGUCCGUGGAGAGAACGUUGCAAAUUGUCUACCAGCCUCAAGCGCUCUUUCGAAUCCGUCCCGUCAACCGCUGCUCUGCAACUAUUGCUGGUUAGUAAAAGUUACUUAUUUGGAUUUGACUUUCUGCCACCACUAUCCGGGGACUGUAAUAUCGCCGUGAUCGAACCGUUCCACGUUUUCUAAGAGAGUUUUUUGACCAGACAUCGUCCAUCCUUAGCUAGUAGUAAGAAUCCACCUCCCUGCGUAUUGUCGAGUACCAUCAAAUUUCUGAUUUAGAUUGUAAAGAUGUUAUUUUCGUCAAUCUUUUCCUGGUCGCUCAAUUGUCACCAAGAGAAGAGAACCUUUCAUUGGACGAUUUUCUAGUUUCCAUUUAUGAUUGGUAGCUACUUGUCCAUGUAUGACAAAGUACUUGUUUUACCCAGGUUUAAUUCUCAAUUAGUUUCCUUGGCUACAUAAUCUGACUUCUGGCAGUUUUUUUCGUAUGUGCAAGCAAAGAACUUUUAUGGAUUAUGAUAGUGUUAUGAGAAACUUGUAGGCGAUGUCUUUGUACUUCAGAUGGGAGGAAAGAAGAAGGAAAAACAAUUACGGCCGUAAAUCGUCAUUCCACGUCAGCAACGACCACAUUUACAUGCUUAUCAAAUAUCUGGCGUGGAAUAAUAGUUGUUAGUCAGUGAAUAAGAAUACCAUAUAUCAUGUGUACUUAUUAUUUUACAGCGUUCUACACAAGUUGGAGCUAUCUAAAGGAGUUUUUAGAUUGCUCAAGGUCCUUUGGUUUCAGUUCUGAUCUAGGCUUACCGUGCUUGCACUUGUUGAACACUUUCGUUCUUGGUCCGCACCCACAAAGAGAGCUUACAAACAAUAUCUCCGGGGAGUUUCCCCUCCUUUCAUUCAAAAGAACCUUCAUAUUCUGUAUCACAAGACCUCUAGGCCAGAGAGUUCCAAUUGCAGGCCUCAUUUUCAAAUAUUUUCAAUAAAUUUCUAUGUAUUGGUAUGUACAAUGACUUAGCUACGGACAGGAACGUGAACUAUGAAGUGGCUACCCAAAUAAUGAUUUUGUAGAUGUUGCGACGGAGUACAGAGCCAUGGAUCACUCAACUUGUACAUUGAUGUGGGUAAAAUCUCCCACGUAGGGUUUUCACAGAACAAAAAAAUAUGAAUUGUGACGGUAAAACUUAUGCUUCCAUUGGUAUGACAAGAGCUCUAAGCCAGAGAGUUCCAGUUGCCUGUCAGAGGACGGUAUAUAUCCAAGUGGUGCUGUCAUUGCAGUAAGAAAGGUUUGAAGUAUAGGCGGAUUUUUGCUCCUUGCACAAGAUUAGGUUUUUUAUUUUCUGCAAUGAGCUGGUAAUUACUGAUAUAGACACGUAAGUAUACUUGCAGAUACAUUGAUCGAGUACAUUAAUAAACACGUAAAUGGGUUAAUCUGAUUAAUUCAAUUCACGCAGGGUUUCGCGCAUUCCCUAGUGUAUGUGGGCCUUUGGUGCAAAAAGAAUUGAGAUGCUCUCUCUGUCUCUCUCUCUCCCCCCACCCUCCAUCCCUCCCUCCCCUAAAACACACUGUCUUGUGACCAAAAUUUACUCACUACUAGCUUAUGCUCUUGUUCUUUCUUUUUUUUCUGGUUGGGACUGAAGGAACUUGACGAUCAUCAGAUGUUGCGUAGCGAUUGUCAACUUCUUUUUAAUUCAAGAGUCAAAUUGUUACUGUGUUAACUUUUUUUCAUUGAUUUGCGUUGCAUUUAUUUUAUCUCCAAUAUUCAAAAGCUAUGAACUAUUUUCUUCCUAUUUGGUAUCUUGGAGCAGAAUUUUUCAUAGUUUUAAAUCUUUUUCAGGUCACACAGAAGCUGUGCUUUCGGUUGUCUUUAGCCCUGAUGGAAGAAGCUUGGCAAGUGGUUCUGGUGAUACCACUGUACGGUUAUGGGAUCUUAACACCCAGACGCCAUUGUUUACUUGUACAGGUUAGCAAGACGAAGAUACAUUUUAACGUAAACCUCAUAUAAUUGGACAUUUUCUACGACCUUUUCCCUGUUAUCUCCUAGAAUAAGAUGUAGAUGAACUAAUGACGUUCUCCUUUAUUCUCUCACAUAAAGGUCCCGAGAUUCCUGUUUAUUUAGAUAGAAUAUGGUUACUGUGUACCAGACAGGACUAUGCAUGGCAUAUUCAGACUGAAAUACGCCUGCCAUUCCAGUGGUCCCUGUGUGGCAGGUUUCCUUGUGCCUACGUCCAAAAAAAACUAUUGGUGGAUAUGAUAAUUUGGGACAAAUUUAAGGCUCUAAUCCCGCCAGUUUAGAUUAUCAUUGGGCGACUUUCAUUGCUGGUUCUGACUCCCCAUGUUGGUAGAUGGUGUUGAGAGGUGUUUACUUUAAGAUUUUUGAGAUAUCAUGUACAUUUCAGAGAUCACAACCUCACACGUUGUCUAGGAAUUUGUAUCUUAAAAUAGAUUUACGCAUAUGUAUCAUAGGUCCUUGUUAUUCUAGGGUUGCUUUUAUUUCUUUUUGGUUUUAAGAAAAUCUCGGGUCCUUUGGCCUAUGAAAGAGACCAUCAGUUCUUCUGUCUGUAUCUUGUUUUACCUGAUUAGACAUGUUCGGUAUUUAGUAAUUGUAAAUAAUUGAUCACUUUUCAAUAUUUUGAAAUAAUUGAUAAUAUUGUUAUUGCCACUAGAGAAUAUCUCUUAUACGUGUAUUGUUGCAUCUUAGGCCAUAAAAAUUGGGUGCUUUGUAUUGCAUGGUCGCCGGAUGGUAAGCAUCUCGUGAGUGGUAGCAAGGCUGGAGAAAUUAUUAUCUGGGAUCCACAAACAGGGAAACCAUCAGGAAAUCCAUUCACUGUAAGUCAACUUCUUUUGUGCUUUUGCCUUAAUCAAAACCGUCACUGAGGCAGUACGUUACCUUUAAAGUUUUUUAGUACUUUGAACUUUUCUUCUAGUAUUCUGCUGUCACACUUGCCUCAUAGAACGUAUGUGCUUAUUAUUUGAACUUCAAUUUGUAUGUCGAAUUUCCUUCCUGGCCUGUUUAAGGACGCGUUUUGUUAAAUUGAUAUGGAAGUUUUGUACCCUCGAUUGAAACUAGAUUUAAGGAAGUGUAACUACGUUCUUUUUUUGUCUUCUUCUAAUGAUUCUACCUAUUUUCUAACUGUUACCAGGGUCAUAAAAAGUGGAUUACUGGACUAUCUUGGGAACCUGUUCAUUUACAAGCUCCAUGCCGUCGAUUUGUAAGUUCUAGCAAAGAUGGAGAUGCGCGGAUAUGGGACGUCACUUUGAGGAAAUGUUUAAUCAUCCUCACUGGUCAUACACUGGCAGUAACUUGUGUGAGGUGGGGUGGUGACGGAAUGAUAUACACAAGGUACAAGUCUUUGAUAGUUUAUAGUUUAAAUUUCUAGUUAAUGUUUUUGUCUUUCUAGUUCAGUUCAAUCUGACCGUUGUUACAUGUGCACCUAUUCUCAUUUUUCUGAAUCAAUUGAUUCAGAUGCGGAUUGUGACAGGGAGUCCUGAAAACCUUAUCCUUAUUUUAGGAGUCAAUUCCCGACUGUUAGGUGCCAUUUCAUAUUAGAGGAUUUCUCAUUGACCGUAUGCAGCUGUGGAAUUGGAUUGGUGUCCACGAGUAGUGAUCCUAAUCUAGAUCUACAUAUCUAAACCACCCAUCUGAUAUGAGAAUGCCGGUCCAUCAAGUGGAUGAUCUGAUAAUUAGGCAGUUUCGUUAUAUUUUCAUUGUUUUUCUUUAUUGUUUUCUUAAAUUAGGCAUGCUUAGGGUUUUUUUUAAAAAAACUUGUUUACAAUGUGAUAUUUAAGAUAUCAAUUUGACACCUCUAUAAUCACUUGUCUGUUCAGUUCUCAGGAUUGCACCAUCAAAGUUUGGGAAACAUCACAAGGAAAGCUGAUUCGUGAACUGAAGGUACAGAUGCUCUCUGCCCCCCAGUUGCUCUUCUUCUGUGUCAGUUAUGACGCAGCUGCUUCCAGUUACUAUGUCUCAGAAGAAAUACCCAUGCCGCAGAUAUGGCUGGUGGUUGGUGCAGUUUUCCCCCUAUCUGUUGGUUUUGAUCCCUGGGCUUGAUGAAUGUAGUUGCCUGUUCAUACUUGUAGCUGAUAAAGUUGAAACAAUUAUGCAAUUUCUGCCUUUAAAGUUUACUUCAUCUUUUUUGAAUCCGAAUCAUGUUGGAGAACAUUAUAAUCAUAAUAUAUAUCAAACUAUGCGCUUGAAAAACCUAUUCAUACCUGAAGAACACUGGAUGAUUUUGCUUUUUCCUCAGAAAGUACUGCUGUGUACCUCGCUCCAUGCUAAAGAUGCCCUUGUGAUUCAUACAUUAGGACAUCGUCAUUCGGUUUUAUUGCAAAUGGGUAUUUAUUUUCUCCUGCAAGUGAAUUAACUAAUGACUGCGGUUUUCCCCACUCCCACUCAUGUUUAUAACAUAGUUGAGCCUGUGACCUUUGGGAGUCAACCUAGGCCCUGGGUCAACUGACCCAUCUUCUCAAACGACCUCUGCUUUCUAUUUUCUCAUGAAUCUUUUUCUUCAAUGCGUCUUUAAAUAUCUAAGGAUGCUGUAGAGUUUCAACCGAUUUCUACUUUUUAUUUUUAAAUGUAAAAUAUGUCAAAGUCAGGUUUGGUUAUGUGAUAUACUAAGGAGAGCAUUCUGAAACGUAGAGGGCAUAUGGACGUGUCAAAUGGCUUGUCAAUUCCUGCCACUAUAGUGAGAAUAAGAGGAGACAAACUUUUCACCUUAUUUUCACCUUAUGUAUAGGGUAUUUUUUUUUAUGGUUUUCUAGCUCAUCACAUGCUUGAUGAUUGUUGUUGGUUCGCUUUUCAUCGUCUGCCUUGAUGUUUUUGUUUCUAGGGACAUGGACAUUGGGUGAAUUCUCUUGCUCUAAGCACUGAAUACACACUCCGCACUGGUGCUUUUGAUCAUACUUGCAAACAGUAUUCAUCCCCGGAAGAAAUGAAAGAGGUGAUUUGUUAGCUUUCCUUGAUCAUUCUUUCCUUCUUUUGAAUCGGUAGUAAACUGAAGUUUGCAUUUUGUAUCCUGAAAAUGCAUGUAGAUAUUGUAGCCAUUAAUCAAAAAUGUGACGUAGUUUCUUUGUGACCCUCGCUAAGAGAAUUUUUGCUAAAAAAAUUGCCCUGUCCUUUCAUAAGAACGAAAUAUGACCUCAUAUUGGUGAAAAUAAUGUGGUAAACGGACAUUGAAUCGGCAUUAACGAUGAUGUAAAGGAACAGACAUGUUGAUUGAAAUUUAUUUUCUUGUUAGUGUUGGAAAUUGUGCAGGAAGGGGGGUGGGCACGGUCUGAUACUGAGAAAGGUGAAUUGGGUGUGCUGAUGUUGCCAACUGUAAUGAAUUCUGAGAUUCUGUGCUAUUGAAUGCCUCUGUCGUGCCACAAUUUCGUUCUAAUGAUCCUCUUUUGUUUGUUUUUUGGAAAGUGUGCUCUAAAUUGAGAGUACCCUGAUCCCUGGGGAUGUCUUUGUCUUUCUUGUAAUGGGGCGUAUCAUGGGAUGAAGGCACACGCUAAAGUUAGGAAAGAUCCAUUUAAUGAAGAAGUUGAGGCUCCGAAUUUUUCUUUUCUUGAAUGAUUUCGGUAGGGAAUAUUGCAUCUUUGGUCUAGUGAUGUCUUCACAGUGUCAGACUGUUCGCUCCUGCAUCAUGUACCCUGAGAACCUCUAGUCAAACCAUUUUCAUAGGAUUUGGGCAGAAUUGACAACGGAUCAUUCUUUUUUCUUUUUCUUUUUUUCUAGGAGAACAUGGGAGGGCAUGAGAGGGCUUGAAAGGCUGCUAUUCGGGAACUAGAAAACUUAGCCUGUCAAAUGAUGCAAGUUGAAUAGAUUUUCUGGUUUCCUGGAUUUGAAAAGAUGCUAAUCAGUAGAGGCUACCUUAGUGGGUACGGACAUCAUAUACAUGAAUUCGUUCUUAUCCAGGUCGUUUCUAAGUAUUUCUGUCUGAGAUUUUUUUUUGUUUAUUCACUAUGGAUCUAAAGGUAAAAUUCUCCGUGUGUUACUAGAAUUCAAUUGCUAGGCCUCCUAUGAGUAGAGAGAUAUUGUAAUCGAUUCCAAUUAUGUCUGUGUUCUUCAACUAGAUUUAAACACUUGCCAGACGGUGUUUUGCUGCCAAUCGAACAAUAUUUUCCAACUUCUUUCAAUGGAGGUUCGUGCCAGAGGCAGAACACCUCCAUCUUUAUGCUGCAAAACUUAUAAUUUUAUAAUACACAUUCUUAUCUGGCUUCUUGAUGUGGAAAAAUAAAAUUUUAAAUUUUAUUUUAAAAAGAUCAAAUCCCAACUCAAUUAUUUUACUCAUCCAUUUAUUUGUGGUUUGGUUGUAGGCUGCUCUUGCCAGGUACCAGAAAAUGAAAGGAAAUGCUCCUGAAAGACUGGUUUCGGGUUCUGACGACUUUACCAUGAUUCUCUGGGAACCUGCUAAUAGCAAGCAUCCCAAAGCUCGUUUGACCGGACAUCAGCAGGUAAACUCAAUGCCCCAUAUAAAGUAAUACCCUGCUCUAAGAAAAAUCGGAGUAGGAUGUCUCUAUGCUCUGACCGAUUAACUGAAAAAACCUACCCAUUGUCAAGAAUAUAUCAGGUAAUAUAGUUCUUCCGGUGUAGGUCAAUGGUGCCUGUCCUUGGUCUAUUACAUGCUCUGCUACAUGAAGGAUGUAUGUAUAGUUAAUAUAUAUCAGGUCAAAACCUAUCCAUUGGCAAGAAUAUAUCAGAUCAAUGGUGCCUGUCCCUGGUCUGUUAUAUGAUCUGCUACAUGACGGAUUUAUGUAUAGUUAAUAUAUAUCAGGUCAAUCAUUAUUCUAUGAAGAGAUAGCCAUCGGCCCUCUACAUAUCACUCGCCCUUCACUAGAUCGAUCCCUUAAGCGGGCAUUCUUUUUCCAGCUGGUAAACCACGUCUACUUUUCUCCUGACGGUCAAUGGCUGGCAAGUGCUUCAUUCGACAAAUCAGUGAAGCUGUGGAACGGCAUCACUGGCAAGUUCAUCACUUCCUUUCGGGGCCAUGUGGGGCCCGUGUAUCAGAUAAGGUCAGAGCCCUCUCCACGCUGCACUCCCCUCUUUGGGUCCAUUAUGGUUGACUUUUUAUUGAGGCAGCUUUCUGUUGUAUCCUCCAGCUGGUCUGCAGACAGUAGGCUCCUCCUCAGUGGAAGCAAGGAUUCCACUCUAAAGGUAUCCUCAGUUUCAUAUCAACCAAUUAUUACUUGUUAUAUUUUAUUUAUUUAUUUAAUAUUUAUUGAUUUAUUUCAGGUGUGGGAUGUACGGACGAGGAAGCUGAAGGAAGACCUUCCGGGCCACGCAGAUGAGGUAAAUCUGUUCUCUCAAGAGCAUGUCCCCCUCUUUUUCAAGGCUGAGAAUCUUCCUUGCGCAGGUUUUCGCCGUGGAUUGGAGCCCAGAUGGUGAGAAGGUGGCGUCUGGCGGCAAGGACAGGGUGCUGAAGCUAUGGAUGGGGUAA